AUGGCACCAAGGAGGCGGCCUAUGGACGACAUUUAUGAAGCUGACGCAGCGAGGAUGCAACAACAAAUUGAUGCCCUGACAGAGCAACUUGCAGCGUUGCAACAACAGCAGCAACGCCAGCCACAUCCAAACCCACGGUCGAUGGAGGAUGAAGAAAGUAUGGAGGAGAUAGACGACAACCCUUUUGCUGGAAAUUUCCGAAGGGAUAGAGUUCGACAAGAGGUUCUUGAUUUCAAGGAGGUUCCGGAGAACAAACGAGUUUCCUUGGUGGCCACACGCUUCAGGGGAAGAGCAGCGGCUUGGUGGCAACAAAUAAAGUUAACUCGAACCAGACAGGGGAAGAGUAAGAUUGCUUCUUGGGAGAAGAUGAAGAAACAUAUGCGUAUGGCGUUCCUUCCUCAUAACUAUACACGCAUGAUGUACCAACAAUUGCAGAAUUUACGGCAAGGGACGAAGACGAUCGAUGAAUAUACCACUGAAUUCUAUCAAUUGGUGUCACGUAAUGACCUUGCUGAAAACGAAGACCAACUUGUUUCCAGGUACAUCGGGGGAUUGCAAGAACAAUAUCAAGAUACCCUGAAUUUAUUUGAUCCCUAUUCUAUUUCUGAAGCACACCAGAGAGCUAUACAAUUAGAGAAAAUGUCAAAACGUCGCUCAAGAGUUACAGGGUGGCCAGGUGGAAACACUAGUGGCAACCGUAAUCUGCCCCCAACAAACCGAAAUACGAGUAUGAAUCUACCAGGGGCAAGGUGGGCACCACCCCAAGUUGAUACGGCUGGUAAACCACCAGGAGGACAGUCAAACAGGAACCCUGGUACUAGUGGUGGGAUGCGUUGCUUCAAGUGCGGGGAAGUUGGUCAUCGCGUUGCAGAUUGCAGAAAAAGUGAUCGGAUUGGCAAGGGCCUAUUCAUAGACAGCGAAGAGAUUGUCGAAGAUGGGACUAAUGAAGUUCUGCAAGAUACUACCAAUGAUUCCGAAGUUAGUAUUUAUGACAAGGAAGAACGAGUUGCCGGCGAUGAGGGUCCUCUAUUGGUUGUGCGCAGGGCUUGCUAUACACCUCGAGAGGUUGAAAGGAAUGGGUGGUUACGAAACAACAUCUUCCAAUCCACGUGUACCAUUAGUGGGAAGGUGUGCAAGUUCGUAAUUGAUUCCGGAAGUUGUGAGAAUGUCAUUGCGGAGGACGCUGUAGCAAAAUUGGGAAUAAGUACAAGCCAACAUCCCAACCCCUACAAACUGUCAUGGCUUCAGAAAGGCAAGGAGGUAAUGGUUUCCAAGCGUUGUUUAGUCCCAUUAUCUAUUGGUUCUAAUUACAGGGACAAGGUAUGGUGUGAUGUGGUUCAGAUGGAUGCUUGCCAUAUUUUAUUAGGAAGGCCUUGGCAAUUUGACCGCGACGUAUUGCACGAUGGACGAAAGAACACUUACUCCUUUGUAUUUAACAAGAUCCGCAUUGUUCUUGAACCUCAUAGAGAAGAAGCACCAAAGCUAGCCACUGAGAAGAGUUCUAGCUUAUUGUCUAUGCACCGGUUCUUGGAGGAGGUGGUUGAAACGGGAAUGGUGUUCGUACUAGUAGGAAAAGACAGUGCUAUAGAGAAUAAGAUCCCUGAGCCUGUGAAGGCUCUAAUUGCAGAGUUCCAUGAUGUAUUUCCCAAGGAGUUACCCCCAAUGUUACCACCCAUGCGAGACAUACAACAUCAAAUUGAUUUGCUUCCAGGAUCAAAUUUGCCAAAUAGACCCCACUACCGCAUGAGUCCAAAAGAGCAUGAGGAACUUCGCCGACAAGUGGAGGAAUUGUUAGCCAAAGGACACAUCCGAGAAAGCCUCAGUCCAUGUGCCGUACCUGCACUAUUGACCCCCAAGAAAGAUGGCUCGUGGCGCAUGUGCGUCGAUAGUAGAGCAAUUAAUAAGAUCACCAUCCGAUAUAGGUUCCCCAUACCUCGGUUGGAUGACUUAUUAGAUCAGUUAAGUGGAGCAACCGUGUUUAGCAAAUUGGAUCUGAAAAGUGGUUACCACCAGAUUCGGAUUCGGGAAGGUGAUGAAUGGAAGACAGCCUUCAAAACUCGAGAGGGGCUUUACGAGUGGCUAGUCAUGCCAUUUGGUUUAUCAAACGCUCCCAGUACUUUUAUGCGUGUGAUGAACCAACUAUUUCGGCCUUUUAUCGGGAAGUUUGUUGUUGUUUAUUUUGAUGAUAUUUUGGUUUAUAGCGCUAAUAAUGAAUUGCACCUUCAGCACUUGCGCCAGGUUCUAUCAGUGACGUUGCAAUAA